AUGACGGGGUGCUGUGCGGUUCAGACCGUGCUGCUGUACAGGGUCACCCGCUCCCAGCGGCCCUGGCCCCUCUGCAGCAGCACAGGGUCAUGUGAAGUUAACCGAGUCAACAUUCUUACGCAUUUUCUUAAAAACAGGGUUGAAAAAUACAGGCCAAUAAAGCUGAAUGAAAUUGUCGGAAAUGAAGACACUGUGAGCAGGCUGGAGGUCUUUGCAAGAGAAGGGAAUGUGCCCAAUAUCAUCAUUGCUGGGCCCCCUGGCACCGGCAAGACUACCAGCAUCCUGUGCCUGGCACGAGCCCUGCUGGGCCCCGCACUGAAGGACGCGGUUCUGGAGCUCAAUGCAUCCAAUGACAGGGGCAUCGAUGUUGUACGGAAUAAAAUCAAAAUGUUCGCCCAGCAGAAGGUGACGCUUCCCCGGGGGCGACACAAGCUCAUCAUCCUGGAUGAAGCUGACAGCAUGACGGAUGGCGCCCAGCAGGCCCUGCGCAGGACCAUGGAGAUCUACUCCAAGACCACCCGCUUCGCACUGGCCUGCAACGCCUCGGAUAAGAUCAUAGAGCCCAUCCAGUCCCGCUGUGCAGUGCUGCGCUACACCAAGCUCACUGACGCGCAGAUCCUGGCAAGGCUCCUGAGCGUCAUCGAGAAGGAAGCCGUGCCCUACACCGACGACGGCCUGGAGGCCAUCAUCUUCACCGCGCAGGGCGACAUGCGACAGGCACUGAACAACCUGCAGUCCACCUUCUCAGGCUUUGGCUUCGUCAACAGCGAGAACGUGUUCAAGGUCUGUGAUGAGCCCCACCCACUACUGGUGAAGGAGAUGAUCCAGCACUGCGUGAGCGCCAACCUCGAGGAGGCCUACAAGAUCCUCGCCCACCUGUGGCACCUGGGCUACUCUCCAGAGGACGUCAUUGGCAACGUGUUCCGUGUGUGUAAAACUUUCCAGAUGGCUGAGUACCUGAAACUGGAGUUCAUCAAGGAGAUCGGGUACACACACAUGCGCGUGGUGGAAGGCGUGAACUCCCUCCUGCAGAUGGCGGGGCUGCUGGCCAGGCUGUGUCAGAAGACGAUGGCGCCGGUGGCCAGUUAGAGCGGGGAUGUCCAUCACCGGUGGGCAGAGCAGUCCUCACCCUGAGUGGGAGCACCGCGGGCUGCAACAAGUGGACACGCUCCAUUUUGGACUCCAGUGGCGCCUGGCACAUCCUGUUGCCUACAUGUCUGAGGGACUCAGUGACUGGGUCUGGGUGCUGUUGGGGUUGUAGCAAUAAAGCUGGACUGUGUUUGUCCUACAGCGUUUGACACUC